AACGUCGCGAAGGUCGACAAGGUCGAGGGCAAGGCCUACGUCAACGUCGCGAAGGUCGACAAGGUCGAGGGCAAGGCCUACGUCAACGUGCGCAAGGGGAAGAUCAUCCCCGGCUACGAGAUCAGCCUUACGCUCGCCUGGGAAGGCGAGGCCAAGGACGCCGACGGCAAGUCCUUGCUCAAGGCCGAUGGGCUUGUCGAGAUCCCCUACAUCGCCGACGAGAACGCUGACGAGGACCCGGACCUGAGGGUCUCGGUCAAGGAUGAGGGACCCAUUGGGAAGAGGCUCAAGGAGGCCAUGCUGGCCAAAGGGAAGCCCUUGAUUUUGGAGAAGGUCAGGGUCUACGUGGAGAGCAUGGCUAAAGGUGGGCCUGCCAAGGAAGAUUUGGAGAUCAAGAAUGUCGCGCCCAAGGCUCAGCCCGCGGAUUCUCCUGCGGCGGCGACCACGGCGAAGCCAAAGGAGCCGGUGGUGGAGAAGAAGAAGGAGGCGAAGAAGAAGGGGUUCAAGACGAUAACUUUGACGGAGAAGUUUAGCUGUAGAGCGGGGGCUGUGUAUGAGAUUCUGAUGGAUGAGAAUCGGUGGAAGGGUUUUACGCAGAGCAAUGCGAGGAUUAGCAAAGAAAAAACAGUAAAACAGUAA